UAGCAAUAACGUUAAGAAUUUGUUCGUGCAUCAUUCGAAUUACUAACUGUUAACACUGUAAAAAGAACGCUUGCAAAAUGAGAUCAUCUCACUUAUGAAUCUUGUAUUCGCUUGGUGAAACAAGUUGAAACUACUUCAUACACUACCAUUUGUACUUUGUCGAUCGUGUUACCUUGACUUGAAUCUACCGAUGUAAAACGAAUUCCUGAAAAAUUCUGUCUGUUAUAGGAUAGGAAACAAAAGAUCUAGAAUAAUUACAAUGGAGUCGGCAAGGCUUCCUAGUGGCAGAAUUGAUCUGGAUAAACCCCGAUAUGACCAAAGCACUUAUAUGGGAAGGGCCAAGCACUUUUUCACCGUCACAGAUCCAAGGAACAUUCUACGCUCAGCUAAAGAGCUUGAGGAAUCCAAACAGCUCUUGAUUAAGUACAGACGAGGGGAGGAGCCUAAGGGCACCUCGGAUGAGCAAGUUUGGUGGGCAAAGAAGACAUAUGAAUCUGCAUAUCACCCUGAUACUGGGGAGACUAUGUUUAUUCUGGGACGGAUGUCAGCACAAGUCCCUAUGAAUAUGACCAUUACUGGUUGUAUGAUGACUUUUUACAGGACUACCCCAGCAGUAUUAUUUUGGCAAUGGAUUAACCAAUCUUUUAAUGCAGUAGUUAACUAUACAAACAGAAGUGGAGAUUCCCUGCUCACAAACAAGGAGUUAUCUAUAGCAUAUGCACUUGCAACUGGUGGAGCUAUAACUGUAGCACUUGGAUUAAAUUAUGCAACAAGGGGGGCUCCUCCCCUCAUCGGAAGAUUUGUACCAUUUGCAGCAGUUGCAGCUGCAAACUGUGUCAACAUCCCAUUCAUGCGUCAAAGAGAAAUCUUUCAUGGAAUCCCCAUCACAGAUAAAGAUGGGAACAGAAUAGGAGAAUCUAAGGCGGCAGCAAGGAAAGCUAUUGCUAGUGUUGUUUUCUCAAGAAUAGGCAUGGCAGCACCUGGAAUGUUCCUCCCUCCUUUUGUUAUGAACCACUUGGAUUCUAAACCUUUUAUGAAGAGACUUCCAUGGCUUGCAUCGCCAAUUCAAGUUCUCCUAGUUGGGUUUUGUCUGGUUUUUGCUACACCAUUAUGCUGUGCAAUCUUCCCACAACAGAGCUCGAUUGCUGUCAGUCAUCUUGAGCCAGAACUACAAGCCAAAAUAAGAGAAAAAUAUGGUGAUUCACUAGAUGCAGUAUUCUUCAAUAAAGGACUAUAGUUUUAUUACUUGAGGUAGGACACAGAGAUGAAAUUUAAGAAUAGGUAACAUAGUCUAAAUCAAACAGAUUUCACGAAUUUGGGGGGUGUUCAAAAAUGUAAAAACGUGUGAGUGAUUGUCAUGCUUUUGUUUUUAUGAAUUUAUUGGAAAAGGGUUAUUUCCAGUUUGACCCUGUACUUUAUACAAAUCACUGUCCUGGGGCAGAUGUGGGAGUUCUAAUAAGGGGAGGGGGAGGGGAGGGAGAGGGGGAGGGCGGAGCAACAAUUUUGAAGAAGGGGACUGGGCCAAGUUGAUUCAUUGUUUUAUCUGCAAAUAGGGGAAUUGGGCACGCUCGGUCCGUCCCAAAUAUGAUGUCCACACUGUCCAAAAUAUGUAUGUCACACUUGUGACAUAAUGUUUGUAUGCAUACAAUCAUGCUGUUAAGAUCUAAUGUAAAAAAAUGAUGAUAAGUUAUGGGCUCUGUGUGUUAUGUCCUUCUCUGAAUUGCAUCAUUGUCAGAGGAAACCCAGAGUUAUUUUCUGUCUUUUCAUUUUAUCAUGAAAGAAAAUGUAAAAUUUCUGGAUUAUUCUGAGGAUUGAGUUGUAUUUACAGUAUAUGGUGAUUGGAUGAGGGGGGAAGUCGGUCUAAGUAUUUCAAUAUGAUAAAACGUCUUUUUUUACCAAUAAAAAUAUAGGGUGAGACAUGUA